AUUAUUUUUUGGAGUCUGGGGACCAUGGCAUUCCUAAUCCACAGAUUCUUCAGUCUGGGGCAAAAAACAUUGACUGUACCCUGUUUUUUCUGCUGCACCUUCUGGCUGCUUAUAAAUUGCUGGCAUUCCAAAGCAAUGUACUCGUUUUCACUAUCCUCCUCGUUCUCAAUACUCUCGCUGUAUUCGAUGUUCAAAGAUUCCAAGCGCUUAAAGCAUAUAUUCUCAGCUGUCGAAUCGUUCUUUAGUAUUUUCUCCCAUGCAAAUGUGGGAUGUGCAUUGUCCAAGUUCAAGUAUUCCAGUGUUUCAAAAAACACGUUUGGAAGGCUCUGCAAGGUAUUCAACUCGAGAUUCAGCGACAAGUGCACGAGCUCGCAGGAAAACUGUGUUGCAGUAAAAGUCAUAGGGGAGGGGAUGCUGACGUGAACAAGCUGGUCAAUGUAAAGACUAACCAACUCAUCGUAAAAUGUGAUAUUGUUAUUACAAUCAUAAUGACCUAUCCUUAACCUAGUCACGCUUGGAAUAUGCUGAUUUAUACUGACUGCCAGAUUUUUGCUGCGCUGCAUCGAGAUAUUGAAAUCAUCAUCUAAAUGGCCCUUAAAUUCAUUGACGUCAAUGUAAAGCUGUGUAACGUGUGGGCACUUUAACACCUUGAAAUCCAUAAAUUCUUUUAGCAUCCCAAAUGUCGGGACUGUGACGCUCAACUCCUGGAGAGCUGGGAACUGCAAUUCACUCGAACUCCCAAUGCUUUGCACAUCAGGACU